UAUACCUAUUUCCCCCAACGUCCCCCAAAUAUCUGAAACGUCAAAAAUCAGAGACUCUGCAUCAAUUGUAUGAGGAAAAAGAAUGUUGGUCGCCCAAAUUAAUUCGUUUAUUCUCCGGAGAAUGAGGGCUACUUUGUCCAACAUCUUAGAUUAUGCUGCUGUUUCACUGACAGUCUGAUUAGGACCGAACGACAUAUCUUACUUCCAACUCAUCGAGAUCGUCCCUCGAUUUCUAUCUCAUUUCUUGUACUCUCGAAACUCUAAAAACAUAUGUUGAGAUUAGAAGUCACAGAGGGGAAAGCUUAAUCUAAAAGACACUUGUCAAUUUGACAUGGUGGCUAUUUAUGAGCACAGCAGGUCUGAAACGCACUACAUCCAUCAUAUAUCUCCAUUGCCUCUAAAUAGACCUACACGGGGAACACCCGGAGAUGCGGCAUCGAAGCUGUACAGCAAAGUUAGCCUCAUAUAGUUUGGCAUCAUGACGAUGCCAAUUUUCGUUGCCCCUCGAAUUGGUUCUUCAGGUGCAUAGCCGACUUCACCUGAAAAUCUUCAAGGAAUCAGGACUUACAUACGACCACUCCUCAUGCUUCUAGCUAAGUACCACUUCUAUGCAUGUCAACGGUGCUUCUAAAAACGAUUCUACUACCCCUGUGGGAAAGGUGAAACGGAUCGCUCUUUCUAUGGCCACUCUUAUUUCUUGUUCCUGUAGUAUCUGGUUGACUAACUCCAUAGCCUCACAUCUCGUCUUCAAUUUCAGUGGAGCACUGGAGCUAUAGUGCAAGGGCGCUUUUCUCUCAUUUUUAUACACAAUUGAAGAAUAAGAUUCUUACAUAGCCAUGUUGUCGGGCCUUUCCCCCUGAAUAUUACAUGCUAGAUAUUCUAGUUGCCUCGAAAUGAUGCAUCUUUUUGUGUCUUUUCAUAGGUCUUUGAAACAACUACCAGAAAAACAUGUAUAAAGUCCCUACGCUUCCCUUUUUUCUCUUCCCUCUUCGCAUUCGUACACAGUACGAUCUGUGGUCGCAAUCCCUUGAGAUCUAUCUUAUGAAUACGAUUGAAACUACCAAUCGCCUGCUUCACAUUCUCCCCAAGUUUUUGAAGAACUUCAUCACAAAGUAUCUCUCAUUCAUAUAUCGGUUCUUACAUCAUGUCAUCUAUAUCAUCUCAUAGGCGUGCUAGGACAGGAUCUGCAUCUAGGUAUGUGGUGUCAUAGUGGCAGCAUUAUUUGUCUAUCUUGCUGACUUUUAGAAGCACUGACAGCAAAUCCAGUCAUCGAUCUCAUGGCCGUAACGCCAGCCGCACCCGAGCUCGAAGCUCUGUCGUAAGAAGAGAAGGACCUCGGUAUCCCCAAACAGAACGUGGCUCAAGCCCUCACCCACAAUCCCCUGUCUCAGAUCAUCAAUCACAGCAAGAAGGAUCUUUUGCAAGCAAUAGAGCUAGCUUCGGUGGCUCCAGUCAUGAUUCUAGAUUUAUAUCAGAAAAUGAGUCUGAUGAAUUAGAGACUCAGAGCCACGAAACCUCUUCUCAAUGCUCUUAUUCUCAUUUGGGUUACUUCUCCCAUGACUGCAUGAUGAUAUCACACUACGACAGCCAGCUCACGAUCGAAGAAGACCCCAACGAAGAGUACUAUUCCUACCAAUCAGUUGCUCAACAUGUAACCAGGGGGUUAGCCACAGAGAAUAGCAUACAAGCACCUAACGUCGAAUAUCAUUCACUGCAAGCUUAUUCUCCAGCUACAGAAAUGUGGACUCUGCAGGAAUCUCGAGAUGAAAGGAUACGUCUUGGCCUACCAGGGCGCCAACAAGCCCCUUCAGCCUUCUUUGAGUGCGAUCAGAAAAAUGCGCCCGAGGCAGAUAAUCCCAAUUAAUUUUUGUGCCACUGAUUGAGGUACCCUUCAAAUUAAGGCUUAUGCCAAGCACGUCAGCUCCAAAAUCUUUUCAAGUUUUCGAACGCCAGAGCCUAGUUGGAAGUUCACGUUACUUUCGAUUGCUUUACUUUCUAUUUUCAGUUUGACGAUUUCAUGAAAUGUAACCUUGUCAUUGCAUUUUUUUGUUUCUCUUUUUUCUUCUUUCGUUUCGUUGUGCCAGAAAAGGCUGGAUUUGGACUCUCAAUGGGGUGACGACGCCCACAUCAUUUACGUAUAAGGUUUUACGGCAGUAUGUCUCUGGUCGAUUUCCAAUUGCACCAUCUCCAGCUGAUGAGGAAUUGAGUUUCUCCUCAAUUCUUCACACAUGCAUCAUUCUUGUACAUACAUUAGCUAGAUUGCUCUAUUGCUAUAUUUCCCAUAUCAAUGAACAGCUCUGAGCAUGAGUUUGAUAUAA